GGUACACCCGGAAUCAUGCUAGUUGACUUUGACUGGGCAGGUGUACCUGAGGAAGUACGAUAUCCAAUGAACGUGAACAAUGAAGAAAUCAAGCGACCUUCCGGAGUGGAUGAUGGCGAGCUUAUCCUGGCCCAGCAUGAUUUAGAUAUGAUUGAUUAUAUGUAUCUGCCUGUGUAA